AGUUGAAUUCAACCAGUCCACUGCGGUUGGUCACACUCUCAACAGCAGGGAUGUAGCUCUACAUCCCUAUAGACCACAAAGUUCUUUUUGUUUAUCUUAAUUCCUGUGAAUCGCUUACUUCUCUGUGUGUAUGUAUCUGUAUGUGUGCGUGUCAAGUAGCUGCCCGUGCCUCUUGGUUAGUGUGUGCAUAUACGUAAUGAAACGAAGGUUGCGAAGCCAUUGCACCAGUGGUCGAUUGUUGUGUAGACGGUGCUCGUUAACGCGACCGCUGCUGCUGGUGUUGUUCACGGUGCUGACAACGCUGUGGUGCGCUGCGGUGGCAAGCCGCGCCGCGCUGACGCGCUUCGAUGCCGUGUCGUGGUCACCGACACAAAUUGUGGCCUCUUUAACGUCCUCCACGCCGUCUGAAACCACCCGCGAGCCGCUGCCGGUCUACGGCGGUGUCGUCAACACCUCAUUGCAGGGGAUCUACUGCGUAGACGUGGAGAACCAAGUCGUUUACACCGGCGCUGAUGUGCUGCACGUGUUUGAAAUCAAAAGCCUGUCAGGUUCGAUGGUGAUCACCGAGUCUGCUGGCGCCACGGUGACGGAGAGUUACGACGGUGGCGACACCACGACGUACACGCCAGCCUAUUACUUUGAGCAGGUGAAUGAGAUUUACCUCACUGGUUGGGCCACGGCGUGCAUUUUUGCGAACCGGUACGAGCUGUUUAUUUCAACCACCACCGUCGCACCGGACGAAACGAGCAGACGUGGAGCGGCGCCGCCCGGCUCGACGACAGCGCGAAAGACGAGUACGAUGAAUCACGGUCACUACUACACAGUCAUCCAUCGCUACCUGCGCAAGGCGUUGCGUACAUUUGCGAGCGAUGCGCCGCCUUUGGAGCCAGCUUCCGCCUCGACGGCAAAAAAUCUUCUUUCUGGGGCGUCGCUCGUGUUACGGACUGGUGCCGUGGACGGCUUCUCGACCCGUGUUGUCACGCCGUUUUGGGACGGCACCAUCUGCUUCGAAGAGGUCCAGACUCCUUUCUCCGCUGCCCAGUACUGGACACUAGGCCCGUCCUCGUUCCCACAGAGUUUGGUGCAGCCGGCGGAAGGGCAGCAGAGUGGGAACUCGACGCUGUACGCGCUCGCCUUCACAAAACCAUCCCUGGCCGCGUCUUCCUCCACGUCGCCGUGGCCCGCUGUGUAUGCGUGGGAUAUUGUGGGCAUCACUCUCCCUGAGGUGCAUCGCGACGUGGCGGACGUGCCCAUCGCGCCAGCGUCUGUCAGCGAGCGCUUUGCGAGGUGCUACGCUUCUCUUAUCGCAGCGCAGUGCGUGGACUGCCUUCCCGUUGCCUUCGCAGCGUCGAAACGAGGUAUUUUUUUAGCGCUGACCUCGCGCGAACGCAAUGCGACGUACGUGACGCUGCUCGCGUCCGGCACCGACUGCACAACGGAGCAGCAGCAGCAGCAACAGGCAACGACACCGACCUCCGCAGGCGAAUCAAGGGGAGAUAAUCAACAGGAGGUGGUGCUACUGCAGAUCCUUACCGGCGUGUGUAAUGUGGCGGCGAUGGUGGUGGAUGACUACGCCCUGUCGCAUCUGUAUGUCGCUGUGGAGUGCGGUCAACACCGAAAUUCUGAGAAGGGGCAGGCGCAGAGGUAUCUUGUGCGGGUGAAUAUGUCGACCGUGGACGGUGACUCCAGUGCGACCACACAAGUGGUGCCGGUGCAGCAGCCGAGUCCGCUUCCAACAACCUUCACCGAUGACGGCACGGAGGAGAUUAUGUCGCUCAGCCUGUCCAACGAAACGCGCUUCUUGUACUUGGUUGUGCGACGGGCCGAUGCAACGGUGCGGGUGUACACGUACGCCGCGUUUGGCCUCUCCACGUUGCUCCCACGCGCCGUGGACGUCGCGGGCGGGUUGUCGGUCCGUGCGCUCGGGUUCGGCCUCACUCCCGGGAUGCAAUGUGUUUUUAACGGCAGCGCCGAUGCCGUCAUCGUGGCCAACUUCAGCAACUCCACCGCACUCGUCUGCGCGGCACCGUCGCUAUCCGCAGCGCUGUGCACGCUGCACCCCGUCUCGUUGCGACUGCCGUACACGCAGCCCUGGGCAGUCCCCUCUGCCCUGCCGCUGCACGCCGUCGUAUCGCCCGCUGCGGCGCCGCUCGCGUACGUGGCGACGCCGGUGGUGGAAAAGGCCAUAAAUGAGAAGACAGGGCGGAACUCUGCCACGGCGAACACUAACGUCGCCGUCAUCGUGACGGGCCACAACUUCGUCAACGGGUCGGUGUACGGACUCGACAGCACGUGUUAUUUUUGGUCGCUUAUCAACCAAGGAAGGCCAAACAUCACGGCACCGGCGACGUACAUCAACGCCACGGCCUUGCGCUGCGAAUUUCACGAUAUGAAGAUGAUUGGCUGUCGCACCUUCGUGUCAGUGUCCAUCGACGGCACUGUUGUGUCCCCGACGUCGGCGGCGUUCAGCGUACAGGGGGUCGCCACGCAAGUGCGUGUGCAGGUAGGAGUGCAGAACAAUUCCGGUCAAACCAGCGAUAUCUCACACGCGUCGGCGCAGGAACCGGCGACCCACACCACCAUAUGUCUUCAAUCCUCUGCACAAGUCGCGCUACCGGACAUCGAAGCUGUGCUUGCCGACGCAGUCCGCAACGCUGUUGACUUGCCAGAUUUGUUGUCGCCGCUAUACGCCGUGCUUUCCUUCAACGACACCUGGCUGAUGAAUGGGGGCGGUGUCGUGCCGCUUAACAACACGGUGAAAGCCGAUUCAACAGCGGCCUCCGUCGCGUCGGUGGAAGGAGACAUUGUGCAACCCUUCGCCGCCGACGGCAGGGCCUCGUUUGUCGGGAUCACACUGAAGUGCCCUCCUAUCGGAAAAUUCACCUAUUACGUCUACGUCAGCAACGGAACGGACAAGCUUCUGGACUAUCACCGGGGCUCUGUGCGGAUUGAGGUGCGGGAGGGCGCGCCGUACGCGCCGGUGUUUGUGGGUCAGCCCUCGACCUGGUACUACCCCGACGCGUCGUUGCUGCUGCAGCAGCCCGUCGUGGGCGUGCGGGACGCAUGUGGAAACGUGUAUUCCUUCCUGAAUGACUCGGUGCUCGUCGGGUCGUUGACCGUGCAGCUGUACAAAGAGGUCGUGCUGCAAAGGUCGAAGGGCAAUGCGGAGGUGGUGCGCAGAGAGCCGUAUGGCGCCGCGUGGGAGGUGUCAACGCCGCUGAACAACCUCUUCUACCUCAGCAACAUCUCCUUCCCCGCCAUCGACUUCUCUACGCAGUUUUACCUCAACGUGACAUGCGACCUGCCGCAGCCGACGAUUCGAUCGCCCCCCAUCAUCGUGAUGCCGUGUGAGGCGGAUCGUGUGAGUAGGAUUGUAACAACGGCCGAAUUCGGGAGCGAAGGCCAGCUGCUGCUGCCGCUGCACUCUCGCAUCGUGUGCGAUGCGUGUCCCGCGCACGGCAUAUGCGACGGCACGUCUAACGUGAGGGCCAAGGACGGCUACUGGCGCCACAACGCCUCCACGACGCAGUUCACGAGCUGCCGAUUCGCGUUCGGCAUGGCAGAGGCAUGCGUGAACGACGGGCAGUGCGCCGCCGGUUACCACGGUGUGCUGUGUGGCGAGUGUGAUCUGGGGUACCACACGCUGGGCAGGGCGUGUCGCAAAUGCCUCCCCCGCGGCCUCCAGGGCUUUCUCGUCUUCCUCGUUGUAUUCGGCAUGGUGUUGAUCAUGACGACCUUUGUGGUGCUCAUGGCGUUGGUUCCGCCCUCCACGCUGUCGGGGCUGUCCAUUCGUAGCCUGUUGCUGGCGGUGCAGGUAACGUCCCUCUUUAUACUCAUCGCCGUGCCGUGGCCCCAUCAGCUCGAAACUCUUUUUAACGGGCUGUACGCGCUCGCGGAGGUGUUAGAGACGAUGGUGCGGUGCUUCACCUCGCCGCAGAGCUAUUUCAUCUUCAUCGCGUGCUCCCCACUGGUGCUGGUCUCGCUGGUCAUGGUCCUCGCCGGUGUGUGUCUGCGUGUGAUGCGACUGCACCGCGUGGACGCGUACCGGCUCAGUGCGGUGGUGCUGACAGCGCUGCUGCAUCGCAAGCAGGAGCGGUUCCACCAGCUACGCCACACCAUCGCUCAGGAGAUAGCGGAGCAAGGCCGCGCGGCGAUGCGUCGUCGCCGCAGCACGAUGAACAACAACGCAUUUGCGGAGCGGGCGGCGGCGACGGCGGGCGAGUCGUACUCCGCCACCGCCUCUGCGACGCGGCCGUCCCUGUCGACGGAGUGGGAACUGCUGGAACGCAAUGCCGCUGCGUCGAUCAGCAGGAGGGUCACACACGCGGCGAGCACCGCUCUAAUGGACAGCUUUACCGCGACAGUACCGACCAUAGCAUUAGCGGCGACAGCGCCGAGGGUGGAGCGGUGCAUGGAAAGCG